CUGUCUUAUCGUGUUUUUGGGUUCAUUCUGCGCAGUCGGAAGUGGGAAGCUAGUGGUAUUGCUUACCAGACUCAAGAAGAGAAAAUGGAGACUGCCUUUGACCAGCUUGUACUUCCCCAGGGGCAUAAAGAAAUGGUUGAGUCAUUGAUUGCGCAACAUUUUCGCGAUAAAGAUGCUGCAAGAACCCAGGCCAAAGAUGACCAACAAUUCGAUAUCGUCCGUGGUAAAGGGAAAGGGUUGAUCAUUCUUCUUCAUGGAGCUCCUGGUGUCGGAAAAACCAGCACGGCAGAGGGAGUCGCUGAGAUGUUUCGGAAACCUUUAUUCCAAAUAACCUGCGAAGACUUGGGAACUACUGCACGAGAAGUCGAGCAAGCGCUUGAGAUGCAUUUUACCCUUGCGAAUCGGUGGGGGUGCGUUCUACUGCUGGAUGAAGCAGAUGUGUUUUUGACAGCGCGGAGCAAGACCGACUUUAUCCGAAACGGGCUGGUAUCUGUCUUUCUUCGUGUGCUGGAGUACUACGCGGGUGUUUUGUUCCUAACCACCAACCGCGUUGGCGACUUUGACGAGGCAUUUGCGUCCCGAAUCCACAUCAGCUUAUACUAUCCCCAGCUCAAUGAGCAAUCAACAGUAGCGAUCUUUCGGCUGACCCUAAAGCUGAUCAAACAACGAUUCGACUCUCGGGGCCGAAAGAUCGACAUUGAUGAACCAGAGAUCGUGGACUACGCGAGGUGGUUUUUCGACAACCACAAAGAAAAGUGGAACGGCCGUCAGAUCCGCAACGCUUGCCAGACAGCUUUGGCCUUGGCCGAAUACCGCGCGCAGGGUGACCGGUCCAAGCAAGUCAUCGAUGUGGACGCAGCUGUCCAUUUGACCACGCAGGACCUCGUCACGGUCUCCAAUGCCUAUGAGCAUUUCAUGGUGUAUAUCAACGAGGUGCGUGGGGCAGACUCGAUCAGGUAUGCGAGGUUGCAGAAGCUGCGCGCGCAA